UCGGGCUCAUCUUCGGGGGAAAUUCCUGGCUGCCGCAUGCCUGUAACGUCACUCUAGGACAUCAUGGGGCCAUGUAACAAGAUAGAAGAUAGAAGCUAGACAAACACUCCUUUACGAGGACAGCAGGGACUGGAACAAGUGCACCGUGCGACAGAUGGCCAGACAUAGGGCGAGUUUGUGACCUGUGACGUGACUGAAAACAUCUUUACUCCUCCUACCGUCAUGCGGAUUGAAAAGUGCUAUUUCUGUUCGACUAGCGUAUAUCCAGGGCAUGGCUCUGCAUUUGUUCGAAAUGACGCCAAGGUUUUCAGGUUCUGCACCUCAAAAUGUCAUAAGAACUUCAAGAUGAAGCGUAACCCACGCAAAGUACGGUGGACAAAGGCGUUUAGGAAAGCAGCGGGCAAGGAGAUGACCAUUGACUCCACGAUCGACUUUGAGAAACGACGAAACGUACCAGUACGCUACGACAGAGAAUUGAUGAAGACCACAAUUACUGCCAUGAAGCGGGUCGGAGAAAUCAAACAGCGCAGAGAGCGGGCGUUCUGGAAGAACAGAAUGGCUUUGAGCCGAGAAAAACUAAAGGCUCACCGCAAAAAGAGUAUGGAAACAGCCAAGCAGCCAUCUUCCACCCUGGUCGAGCCCAUGGCUAUCGAACCAUCCGAAUCGUCAAAGAUACGGGAGAAAAUCAAGGUCCCUUCAAAGAGCCGGAGUGCUCUCAUCCAGGGCGAGGAUCGGUCAAUGACCAUGGAUAUAGAUUGAUAGUCUUCUUAUUCUCUUCUGCGUCUGCCAUGUAUUCCAUGAUUCACGUAUACACUAUUGAUACACUAUUGAAGUAUUAUUCUACCGUAAGGAGGUUCAAUGCAAAAUGC